UAUACUAAACCGCUGACUUUUGCUGACUGCAUAAGCGAUGAGUUGCCACUAGGAUGGGAAGAGGCGUAUGACCCACAGGUUGGAGUCUAUUACAUUGACCAUAACACCAAAACUACCCAGAUAGAGGAUCCUCGAGUACAAUGGCGGAGAGAGCAGGAGCACAUGCUGAAGGACUAUCUUGUACUGGCACAAGAAGCACUGACUGCUCAGAAGGAGAUCUACCAGGUCAAGCAGCAGAGACUUGAACUGGCUCAGCAAGAAUAUCAACAACUCCAUGAUGUUUGGGAACACAAAUUGGGAUCUCAGACUAGUUUAGUGUCCAGUUCCUCUUCCAGCUCAAAAUAUGAUCCAGAAAUUCUUAAAGCUGAAAUUGCUACUACAAAAUCUAGGGUUAACAAACUCAAGAGAGAAGUUGCUCACAUGAGACAGGAACUCCAGUAUAAGGAACUUGGUUUCCAGACACUAAAGAAAAUUGAUAUGAAAAUGGCUGAUACUCAAGGUGGAUAUAAACUUGAUGAGGCACAGGCCAUCUUAAAUGAAAUGAAAGCUAUCAAGAAAGCCAUAACAUCAGGCGAGCAAGAGAAGCAAGAUCUCCUUGAGAGUCUUGCCAGGCUAAAGGCUAGUUUUGUGAUGGAUAGAGCAUCACAUUCAGAUCCAUGGACCAGCAGCACAUCUUUGGAAAGCUCCAGUUUCUCGUUACCUAGGCAGUAUCUGGAUGCUGGCUCCCAAACAGAUGUUUCUGGAAAUUUUAUUGUAAGCAGUAAUAAUCAGUUGGCUGAGAAAGUGAGACUACGCCUCCAAUACGAAGAGGCUAAGCGAAGAAUAGCAAACAUAAAAAUUCAGUUGGCUAAACUGGAUAGCGAGGCCUGGCCUGGUGUGCUGGAUUCUGAACGAGACCGAUUAAUGUUAAUCAAUGAAAAGGAGGAACUUCUAAAAGAAAUGAGGUUCAUUAGCCCUAGAAAAUGGACUCAAAGUGAAGUGGAAAGAUUGGAGAUGGAGAGGAAACGUCUAGAAGAAGAUCUUCAGGCUGCAAGAGACACACAGAGCAAAGCUUUGACAGAAAGACUGAAGUUAAACAGUAAAAGAAAUCAGUUGGUCCGGGAAUUAGAAGAAACAACACGAUUGGUAGCAAAGUUGUAUGUCCAGCUGAAAAACCUGUCUUCUAGCAUGCUUUCCUUGUCGUCCGGCAGCAGUCCUGCCUCAUCCAGCCGAGGAUCUCUUGCCACCUCGAGUCGGGAUUCUUCGGCCUCAGCCAGCUUUACAGAUCUCUUCAGUGAACAGCUUGAGCAACUGGACUCUGAUUAUCAGAACAAAAUGGACCUCUUACUCUUGGAGAAAGCCACUGGCUUUCGGCCUUCAGGUUGCAUCACUACUAUCCAUGAACAUGAGGUUGCAAAAACUCAAAAAACAGACACUGCUAGCCGUUUACAAGCCCUGCGUUCCUUGUCUGGGACACCCAAAUCACAGACAUCUCUGUCACCAAGGUCAUCCCUCUCUUCCCCAUCUCCGCCUUGUUCACCACUAGUAAUGGAGCCAUUCUUCACAGGAGAUGCCUUCAUAAGUCACAUAGAAUUUGAAGAUACUGAUAUAAACAGUGGGCUAUCUGAAAUGAAUCUAAACAAUGGACCUGGUAGAAAGUAUAGAACGGAAGAGUCUAGAACUGGGGACAGACACCUAGAUCAAGAUAUAAAUAUCGUUGAAGGAGGUGCACUGAAGGUAGCGUGCGUUUCAGCUGCGGUGUCCGAUGAGUCCGUUGCUGGAGAUAGUGGAGUGUAUGAAGCAUCAGUGAAAAGGUCUUUUGUAUCGGAAUCAAUUGUUUUUGACAACGAUGAUGCAGCUAGCACGGCUAAAGUUCAGAUUUCCAUGAAGUAUGAUGACAAGAAUAAACAAUUUGCAAUAUUUGUUGCACACGUGAAUAAUGUGCCUGCUCUGCUGCCACAGCAAGACCAGAAAGUGAGUGUGCGUGUGGCUGUUCUUCCUUCUUCCGAAAGCACAAGCUGUUUGUUCCGCACAAGACCCAUGGAAGCAUCAGAGACUCUCACAUAUAAUGAAUUAUUUUGUGUUGCAAUUCCUCAUUCUGUUUUACGUCAGAAGACUUUAAGGGUAGACGUCUGCACUGUGGAUGAGUGCCAUCUUGAGGAGUGCUUGGGAGGUGCACAAAUUAGUCUUGCUGAGAUCUGCAGAUCUGGAGAGAGGUCAAUGCGGUGGUAUAACCUCCUCAGCUAUAAAUACCUACAGAAGCAAAGCAGUGAAAAUGAGCCAGAGGACACCGUUUCCAAACUACCACACACUGAGAAAAUGGACUCUGUAUCUGCUCUGCUGGAACAGACUGCUGUUGAACUAGAAGCUGUAGAAAAAAAACUAGAAGAAAGCAGAAGCACUACGAUCAGUGGAGAAAACUGGCAAGACGAGGAAGAUGCUGAGCAAGACGGCAACAGUGAAGAUGAAGUAGAAGCGGAGGAAGAAUUUUAUGGUGGGGCAACAAUAUGGGAAACAGAGGAGACACUGCCAUCCUUGCCGUAUGCUAAGUCAGCAGUCAUCAAGGUGGAUAAAGAGACCAAUACAGAGAGUGUCGCCCAGUCUUCCUCAGUGGUUCGUCCAAAAGAUAAAAGAGCUUCUAACCCCCUCCGAACUCCUUUUGUUAGAGCCAGCACUAUAAUCCGUUCCAAAACGUUUUCCCCAGGACCACAGAGCCAGUAUGUGUGUCGGCUUAAUCGCAGUGAUAGCGAUAGUUCAACUCUGUCAAAGAAACCACCCUUUGUUCGGAAUGCUGUGGAGAGGAGAAGCGUCAGGAUGAAAAGGUCUUCUGUAAAAAGCACUGGACCUGAGCGGCUAAUACGUACUUCUUUGGACCUGGAACUAGACUUGCAGGCUUCAAAAACCUGGCACAGCCAGUUGGUACAGGAGAUUUCUAUCCUUAAACAGCUGAAGGAGCAAUUAGAAAAAGCUCAGAGUCAGGGACAGAAAGAAUUGCCGCAGUGCAUAAAUGAAGAUGAACGUUUUCGGAGUUUGAUGAGGCUGGUGGAGAAACAGGUAGAAAAGGUUGAAUGUAAGUGUGAGCUGAAAGCUGAUAAAAUGAUGAGAGCAGCUGCAAAGGAUGUGCACAGGCUACGAGGCCAGAGCCGAAAGGAGCCCCUGGAAGUGCAAUCAUUCAGAGAGAAAAUGGCUUUUUUCACAAGACCAAGAAUAAACAUUCCAGCUCUCUCUGCGGAUGAUGUUUAAUGUCUAUUUAAGUAAUUUCCUCCAACAUCAACAAAAUAUAAUUUACUUUCACUGCAGAUUAUUUAUAUGGUAUUAUGAUGAUACCAGCUCAUUUGUACAUUAAUGACUUUAUCAUCUUUGCAUCCAAAUUUUUAGCUUUCUUCUCUCCACUGCAAAUGCCAGCAUAAAAAUGAGAUGGUUAUGUAGUCUGUAUAUUUAGCAAUGUAAUUUUUUUAGAAAUAAUAUUUAAAUAUGAACGCAGUUCAAAGUGCUGCUUAAAUAAGAACUUGUUUAGACAUUUUUGUACAGCUCUACUUUUUUAAAAAAGAAGUUUUACCACAAGAAAACUUGAAUCUGAAGGAGCAUCAAUCCAAUAAUCCUAAAAAUUCAACUUUACUCUUAUAUAACUAACUUUUGCUAAUUUAAAUAUUUUAUAUGAAAUUGGGGGAUGGAAGAACCCAUUAAUUUUUUUAAGAGCUGGAAAGGAGUGCUCUGUGAGCUGUGAAACACUUCCAUUUCCUUCUAGGUCACAAGAAAUGGGUGUUGAGUUCAAAAGCCCUGUUGCACUUUAAUUCGGAGGUUGUUACUUCAGCUCAUUCUGUAUCUGACCUGUAAAAAGUUCCAAAAGCCCAGUGAACCCUUUGCUACAGGGAGAGAGCUACAGGGAACAUACAUGUGUGUUAACCUUUCUUAAGGCUCAAUGUUUUGCUGGAAGCAAAAAAGAAAGAUCUGUCUAGGCAGCUUUAAAAAAAUAUAUAAUCCAUCCUGUUUAAAAACCAACAUUUUGUUUUAAAAAUAUUAUCAAGUUGUUUAAGAAACAAAGAAAUUCUCAUGUAGCCCUAUUAGUUUUUAAAGAAUGAUGAUCAUUAAGAAUCUUAAAAUAAUAUCUUGCCCUUAAUAUUAGGUAAACAUUUGUGAAGGGUCUCCUAUGUUCCCCUAGCUCCAGGUGAAUGGAAUAGCUAAUUUGGAGAGGAUUUCAUUUUACCACUUACUUUUGAAAACGUCUAGUAAACAACAUGGAACAAACUCUUGUCUAGAAAUCCUGGAAAUGUAUGUUAUCAACAGUAAUUUACCACACUGCUGUUUCUAUUUGUAUGUGCA